UCAAUGCGGCGUCUACGUAUUUAUGUCUAUGUUGCAGCCAGCUAGCGUCACAGGUAGCAGGCUAGCCAGUAGGGAGCUAGCUAGCUGUUAGCUAUAGUAGUACCGCUCGGCUCGUUUAAUCGUGUUAUUUGUUGCUACUUUAAGGACAUUUCAUGUCUUUGGCAAAGCGAAUACAUCGGUGAUAGAUGUCGUCGGUCUGACAAAGCGAGUGUGGAGGUUUAAAGGGGCCCUGCUUUUGUGGUUGAGUUGACUGUACAGGGGAAGAUGUGCAAUGGAAUGAUAGAGUCAACAUCAAAAGCCCUUCUGGCCCACACCUCAGCCACUGAAAGGUCCUUCCUGUUGUUGUUGGUUCUGACUGCAGUGUCCACUGGACAAGGGUCAGGAUGUGUGAGGCCAUACAUGGUCCAGAACAGCUGGGUAAACCUCACAGAAACCAACAGGGGCUUGUUUCCUGUGGGCACGGUACUGCAGUACAGCUGUGACCCUGGUUACCUGCCGGAUGGGCCCAGCAUUCUCACUUGCACCACUGUUGGACGCUGGACCUCUGACCCUCCUCAUUGUAUUCGCAGCGGUGCAUGUCUCCCCCUCUCCAAACCUGAGAAUGGGGGCUACACCUGCCACCCAACUCCAUGUCGAAUGUUUGCACACGGCACUGUGAUCGAGUUCUUCUGUGACGAGGGCUUCAUUCUCACCGGGGACUAUUACUACCUGACCUGUCAAGAUGGACAGUGGGAUGGCCCCAUGCAGAUCAGCUGUGUGAGCCAAGGUUGUAUUCGGCCCUCUACGGUGCAGCACGGCUCAACUAAUUUGACAGACACCAAUAGAAACUUGUUUCCUGUGAGCACAGUUCUGCAGUACAGCUGUGACCCAGGUUACCUGCCGGAUGGACCCAGUAUCCUCACCUGCACUUCGCUGGGACGCUGGUCCUCUGAACCACCUCUCUGCGUACACAGUGACGGUUGUAUACGACCCUCCACAGUGCAGCAUGGCUCCACUAACCUGACAGAAACCAACAGGAGCUCAUUCCCCGUGGGCACAGUCCUGGAGUACCGCUGUGACCCGGGUUACCUGCCAGAUGGGCCCAGCAUCCUCACCUGCAGCACACUGGGACACUGGUCCUCUCUACCUCCCCGCUGUGUGCGCAGUGACGUUUGCCAGACUCCAUUUCAGCCAGACAACGGAGGCUACACCUGCCACCCCUCCACAUGUGGGAGACUUUCUCACGGCACAGUGAUUGAGUAUUUCUGUGAUGAGGGUUAUAUUCUAAAAGGAGAUUAUAAAUACUUGACCUGUCAGUAUGGAGAAUGGGACAGCCAAAUGAAGCUCAGCUGCAUCAUGGAGCAAGACCGUGAUCCAACUCUACCAAUAGGGAUGCCCACCUUGUCCAUAGUGGCAUCCACAGCUAGCUCAGUGGCUCUGAUCCUGCUGCUGGUGGUGCUGUUUGUACUUCUGCAGCCCAAACUUAAGUCCCUCCACCGACGUGAUCAGGGUGUGACCGGCCAGCCCGUCUCCAUCAUGGUGGAAGGAGUCCAGGUGACUCUGCCCUCAUACGAGGAGGCUGUGUGCUGUAACGGAGCCCCAUCCUCGACUCACGGCUCCGAGUCUCGAGUCCAGAUAGUGCUGUCAGAGGGUCAGCAUGUGACAACGCCAGAGGCUGGCCCCUCUCGGCCCUCCUCCCUCAAACAUCAGCAGUCAGAGAUGGCCGUGGUCCACCCUGCACCACACUCCUCUUCCUCUCCAUCACCUUCCCCGUCGUCUUCUACCUGGGUCCUGGAGCAAGUAGGUGCCGCUGCUCCUUCAUCGUCCCGAAGAAGGCCGUCUGCAGGCAGCGACCAACACAGCUUGUCUAUGGACUCUGAGAUGGAUUACUCUGAUGACAUGCCGUUACUGAAGGAGGCCUGAGAAAGGCUGCAGCCUUUGGACUUUACAGAGAGAGCCAGCAUUUAUUCAGACCUGUACUGACGAGCAGGGUGCCUCGUGUGAGUUAGUCAACACAGCUGUCAACACAGAUGAGUCCAACAUGAGAGGCUCUGAGUGGAGCUGUGAGUCACUCAGAACAGAUCCUCUGACCUUCCCAAAAGAGAGAGGAGAAGACAUUCACAUGUACAUACAUGCUUACAUUUUUUAUAGGAAUUCCUACACUAUGUAUGUACGUCUAAUGUCGGGGGCUGGGUUUGAAUCGUAGAACAAAUACAGAAAAGAGCGGGCAUCACUGAAAGAGUUUCAGAGUCUUUUUGAAGAACUGAACGGGCACAGCUACAAACUCGUUUUGGGAGCUAAUUAUCUCACCAGUGUCUUGGAAACCUACCGUUCAUAAACCACAUAUCACAGCAUUAGAGACACAUUAGCAAUGACACAGUCAUGCACACUAACAACAAUUUUUGUAAUUAUGAAUCAUUAUUUAAAGUUUUUAAUCAUGACUCACAUCAUUCUACACGCCACUGUGCAGUUAAAGGCUUGUUGUCCAUGAGAGUAUUGAGUAUUCCAUGGUUUCCUUGUCGGAUUGUGGGCACACUUUUUUCUUUUUGUGACAUUUUGUUUCACACCUGUACCCAACACACGUCAUCCUAUCUAAGAGUCCAGAUGUAUUCUCUUCACACUAACACAUGCUCCCAAUGGCCUUAGCUUUCCACUUCUAUGCACAAGUACCUAUAACAUUUGAAUUAAGGAGUUUUGAAAAUGAAUGUCAGUUUAAAUGCCUCCCCUGCUUGGUGAUGUUACGUGUGGCUUUGUCUGACACAUCACUUGUACAACAGAAAAUAUUGUUCUCUUAAUUUAUGCAGGCUGCUUGGAUACUCCUGUUUUCAGUCUUAACGGGAAAUUGUGUAUUUAAUUUAUUUGUGUCCAGAACGCUGUUGAUCAGCCAUGGCUUCUUUUGAUGCUUCCACAGCUCUUAGAGAAAACGUCUUUUUAACUUGUGGCUUUAGUUCGGAUCAUUCUGCAGGCACGUUUUUUGUGUCACUGUAAAUGUAAAUGGGUAGGGACAACACAAAGAUGUGUACAGAUAUGUGUAAUGUCAGUGUUCACUUAUUGACUGUCCAUUGAAUUCACUUUUGGACUAAGGAAUGAUUUUUUGUCUUAGUAAAGAUGUUUCUUAAAUGUAUGUAAAAAGUUCUAAUUUAAGUUUACUCUGUAUAUACCAUCUGACCAUUUUGAUUAAAUAUAAUUUCAGGUGUUCAA